UCACCGACGACAUCCUCGAUAGCAUGUCAACAGAGCUGCAACGAUACGAACGAUGAGAUGACCAGCUGAUGCGGAAUCUUGCGACACUAGACCUGUCGAGUACCUACGAGAAGGUCACCAAUGAUCACUGGGGUAGUGCGACUCGUGCUUAGGGCUGUGCUUGGUGUUUCUGCUUCCACUGAAGAACUAUUUAGUCCAUCAUCUUCUUGAGGCUACGGACAUGAUCAAAUUCUUCAAGCGCAAUCUUGAGCUGUUUUGCGAUCAACAUCAACUCAUCCAUCUGCUAAAUAAGAAAAAUCAAUCAUUGCAAUGCAGACUUUCAACCUCACCGCUACCGGCUACAACAUCAAUUACCUCCCUCAAUAUAUCGCACAACGACAUGGCUUCUUCGCUUCUCAAAACCUAGAUGUCGUCACCACCAUUCCUACUCCCUGGGACGGCGUGCUCGACGCCCUCGCCGACGGCUCAGCACACAUGGCCCUUGGCGGCAUCUGGGUUCCAUCCAUGUACCGGGGUCGCGUAAAAGACGAAUACACUGUUUUCGCGCAGAUCGCCAACCGCUGUCCCCUCGCGCUCCUCCGGCGCACAAACUGCGCCGAAAGAUUCGAUAUCACAAAACACGUCGUCGGCAAGACAGUUCUCAUGAAGAGCAUCGGCGGCGCAAGCGUGGGCCUGUGGUUCAAGAUGCUCUUGCGCGAGAACGGCGUCGAUCCGCGGAACGUAGAUUUUGUGCAAGAUCUUGAUGGUGCAAUGCUUGCGACCUUGUUCCAGGGCGGAAUGGGAGACUACUUGGUCACGGAUUACUUGUCCGCGCGGACCAUCACCGCCAGCAAUCCCGAUGUUGCGAUUGCGAUGGAAAUGGUCACGCAAGGGGAGGUGCCCUGGAGCGUUUACUAUCGCGAGACGAAGACAAUCACGCCGCAGAUUCUGGAUAUGCAGAGGCGGUUCUGCGUGGGAUUAAACAUGGGGAUCAAAUGGAUCAUGGAGAGGGAUGGGAAUGAGAUCAAAGAAGAGCUGGCAGAAUUGUUUCCUAAGAUACCGGUAGAGGCGGCAGUAGACGUGGUGAAUUCAUUUCGGAGGAAUGGAAUGUGGACGUCGGCUACGAUUCCGAGGACGACUUUUGAUAGAUGGCAACAGGGAUUGACUGAUGCGCGGUUUAUCGAGCAGCCUUUGGCUUACGAAGCCAUCAUCGAUGAUGGACCAGCGAGGGCAGCACAAGUUGUUGCCGCACCGAAUUCCUGAACUGGCCAUGGACACGUAGUACUGUAGUCGAGAAUAUGCACUCUUGGUAAAAUCUCAUGGCC